AUGCUUUGUCCCGUUCACUGCACUGAGUCUUCGAAAUUCUACUUAGGACUUCAGCUUCCCAGAAACAUCUCCUUCCCCUUCAGCGCCUUGAGAAUAGGGUCUGCCAUCCAGCUCGCCAUUGACAAAAUAAAUUUAGACCCCAACAUCCUACCUAAUCAUACGUUGGACUUUGUGUAUGCCGACAGUGAUUGCAAUCCUAAAGUAUCCAUUCGCGAGUUCAUAGACCAGGUUCAAAGGUACAAUAUUUCUGCUCUUUUUGGACCAGCUUGCCCGGAUGUGUCAGAGAUUACAGGUCUCCUUGCCUCUCAGUGGAAUAUCCCCAUCUUUGGAUUUGCUGGUCAGGCCCUUGCCUUUGAUGAUUUCUACGUGUACGAUACCUAUGUCAACCUGCUGUCUUCACUCCAGAAUAUGGGGAAUGUCCUCACUAAAACCUUGCGUUUCUUUGGCUGGAAGAACGUUGCCUUGUUUGGAGGGUCUUCCGAGGAGUCCAGCUGGGACAUGACUGACCAGCUCUGGCAAAUCAUUGCCGAAGAGCUGGAAGAAAACUUCACCAUUAUAGCUGAAAUCAGAUAUGACACAGGCAACAUGGCCCUCCACCAGGUGAAACUCAAGGAAGCUGCAGUUUCAGCGAGAAAUGGAGGACCACAUCCAGUUAAUCCAAGCGCCCAUAGGCAUGUCAACCAGAAGCUACCAACCUGUCUGAGGGGAGGGGAUGGGAUAUCGGUGGAAGAGGACGGGGAAAACAUUGCCUAUCCAUGUCCACCUGGCCUGCUUGAGUCAGUCCACCACUUUGUGGUUUUUUUCUCACUGUACCAUGGUCGGUUAAAGUAUUACAAUAAUGUAUCCGACACAUGUUUAUGUUUUCAAUCAAUAAUACUACUUCACAUUUAUUUUUCAGUUGUUAUCUUAAUUUGUGCUCCUGGGGUGGCAAGGUCCAUAAUGAUGGAGGCAUAUCGUCAAGGCAUGACGAAUGGGAGAUUUGUGUUUUUUAUCAUUCAGCUGUUUGAACUCAGCAGUUAUGUGGAUAACUUUUGGAAAUCAGAUGUGCCGGAUGAUAAGAAUGAGGAGACCUUCACGGCAUAUGAGCCAGUGUUUCUCAUUACUCUGCAGUCAUACAGUCAAUAUGAAUAUAACACCUUUCUACAAGAAGCCUACCAGCGAUCCAAAGGACCUCCCUUUUACAGCAAUUUGUCUUCAGUGACAGAGAUGAGCUCCGAUUCAGCUUAUCUUUAUGAUGCAGUAACGCUGUAUGCUUGGGGGGUUCAAGAGAUGUUAGAUGCAGGAAUGGAUCCACGCAAUGGAAGAGAUUUUGUUAAGAAUUUGAAGGGUUACGGUAAACGGCAAUUUUAUGCCAUAAACGGCCAGCAAAAUAAAUUCACAUUGGCUCCAAAAUUAAUUUUACGUAAAGGACUAGAAGCCCAUCAAUGCGAUGAGUACCAAUUCAACUCUUUCUUUAUGUGUAUAGGUCUGACUGGCUUGGUGAAUAUUGAUUUUUCUGGAAGAAGAUCCUUGAAUUAUUCUGUGUAUGACAUGCAAAAAUAUGUAAAUGGCACAAAGUUUGUUCCUAUUCUAGAAUAUGACAGUUACAGCAAGUCGCUCAGUCCCACUGAAGAUUUUCCAAACAUUGCGUGGCCUGAUGGAACUCCGAUUAAAGACCUCCCUGAGUGUGGGUUUUACAAUGAAGAUUGUCAUGUUGGACUAGAAUUCUGCUCCUAUUUCUUAUGGUCUAAAUCCUUAGCAACACCCAUCAAUUUGGUCUUGCCUUGUACACACUUGUUCUUCUGUUUUACAGAUAGCUAUGUUGUGAUUUUAAUCGUUGUGAUUGUGAUCAUGGCUAUUACUGCGGCCCUUGUCAUUGGUUUCCUGAUGUCACACAAGCACAAAUCCCUAAACCGAUAUAACGAUACAUGGUGGAAAAUAAAUUAUGAAGACAUUGUUUUUAUAAAAGAUACCAAGAAACACGAUGAAAACCUAUCAACAGGAGACGGUGGAGGUAACGGAUCUAAAAGUAAUGUUUCAAGUCAUCGGAAUUAUGGUGUUAAAGAUAAAAUGGAUAACAGAACUAUUUAUACCUCAGUCGCCAUUUACCAGGUGAGUUUACUUCAUGAAUUCUUACACAAAUGCCUACCACAGUUUUGCCAGGAACCAAACAUAACAUUCAGCAGCCUAACACCCUCAAAGCUUCAUCACAGUAAUGUCACUUUGUGUCGGGGCCAGAGCAUUUUUAUCUGGUUGAUAGUUGAGGAUUGUCGUAGAUGUAUCCUGUACAAUGUGUCUGCUGUUUGUGCAUUAAGUGGCUGCAACAACUAUAUCCUGGUUGGAUUUGAUCGCAACCUUCCAAGCUCCAUGUGUCAGGUCAUCACCAGCUGGCUUGAGAUGGGAAAUCAUGUGACAGUCCUAAACUUUGAGAGAAAGACUCCUCCGGACAUGAGCAAGCGUUCAAUACUACAUGAAAUGAACCAGUUGCGAGAACUAAGACAUGAGAAUCUCGUAAUGUUCUUCGGUGUGUGUGUUGAUGCAACAAGAGUGUUUAUAGUUACACAAUGCUGCAAAAGAGGAACCUUAAUGGACAUCCUGAACAAUGUAGAAUUUGAACUUGACUGGAUUUUCAAGCUCUCGUUAUGUUAUGAUAUAAUUAACGGCAUGAUAUUUUUACAUGAUAGUCCAAUGAAGUCUCAUGGUAACCUAAAGCCUAAAACCUGUCUAAUAGACAGCCGAAUGCAAGUAAAGCUAUCAGGAUUUGGACUCUGGGAGCUCCAAUAUGAAACCAAAAGGAAAUUAAUCUUUGCUGAAGAUAUGGAUUACACAGAUCUAUACUGGACUGCCCCUGAACUAUUACGACGUGAGGAAUGCCCAUACAAUGGGACCCAGAAAGGGGAUGUAUAUGGUUUUGCCAUCAUUACAAAAGAAUUGAUUCAUCAUGGGGAAAAAGGUCCCUACCACGAUUUUCUGAUGGAGCCAAAAGAAAUUAUUAGUAAACUCAUAAACCCUAUAAUGCUGCUGAGACCCACCCUGUCGGCUGAGAAGUGUACGGAACAGAUUGUCACUCUGCUGAAAUCCUGUUGGGAUGAAUGUGCUGACAAAAGACCAGGCUUUCACUCAAUCAAACAUACACUGCGAAAGGACAAUCCUGAAGGUGAAGUGAGCAUUCUAGAUGCUAUGGUGGAUAAACUGGAAAAAUAUGCAAAUCACUUGGAAGAGGUGGUUGAAGAAAGGACUCGCCAACUCACACAGGAGAAGGCGAGAAUUGACCAGCUCCUGAUCAACCUGUUGCCAAGUUUCAUUGCCGAGCAACUCAUGCAAGGAAAGGCUGUGGAGCCAGAAUUCUUUGAAUCAGUAACCAUCUUCUUCUCAGACAUCGUUGGCUUCACCAAGCUUUGCUCCAUCAGCUCCCCUCUGCAGGUUGUAGAUAUGCUCAAUGACCUGUACAGCUUAUUUGAUGAAAUUCUCAAGUUUUAUGACGUAUAUAAGGUUGAAACAAUAGGAGAUGCCUACAUGGUAGCAAGUGGACUUCCAAUUCGCAAUGGAAUGGAGCACGCUGGGGAAAUUGCCACAAUGUCUUUGCAUUUUCUCAGCUCCAUUGCCGCCUUUAAGAUAAGACACAUAAAAAAUGUACAAUUGCAACUUCGCAUCGGUCUCAAUACAGGCCCGGUAGUUGCUGGUGUAGUUGGAGUCAUUAUGCCCAGAUACUGUCUCUUUGGAGACACCGUCAAUGUAGCUUCAAGGAUGGAAAGCAACAGUUUACCCUUGAAAAUACACAUGUCGCAAAGCACAGUUGAUGUGUUGAGGGGAUUUGGAGGAUAUGAAAUAGUGGAGAGAGGGACAAUAAAAGUGAAGGUAAGGAAUCAAAUCAUAAACUUUUCCAUCACUUAAUUUUAAGUUUUUUUUCCAGUGAAACUAUUUUUUAAUAGUUGUGCUGGAAAAAAAUGUAUGCUGCUAUUUGUGUAUAGUUCUGUUGGUAAGGGUGUAAGAUGCCUGCAUUGAGCUCCAUUCUGCAACAUGAAUUAAAAAUGCCAGUACAACCUAAAGAUGAUCCUCUUUCAAAUGUAAAAACUGAUCGGGUUGAUGUUGUUGUACCAUUUGUUGCAGCCAAAACUAUCACCACAAUGUAGGCUGCCACAUGUCUCCAAGAUUGUUUCUAUAACCACCCUGCCAUUUCCAUAUCUGUGCCGUUUGAAAAGCUUAGUUUAGUUUAGUUUAUUGCCACAUGUACCGAGGUACAGUGAAAAGCAUUUGUUGUGUGCUAACCAGUCAGCAGAAAGACAAUACAUGAUUACAAUCGAUCCAUUUACAGUGUAUAUGACAAGGGAAUAACAUUUAGUGCAAGGUAAAGCCAGCAAAGGAUGUCAUAUGGGCACAGACACUGCUGUGCAAUUGACCCACGUUAGGAGCUGAACUGAUC